GUAUAUAUAUAUGGCAAGCAAUAAAAGGCGCAUAAAUAGCUGGCACUUCAUCUUCAUCCCACUUCCACAAUUACCUGUAACACCUCUCUAUGGCCAGAUUCUUAUCAGACUUUCAGACCACAUUCCGACCACUUUUCUCUCUCCUCGAUCUCGAACCAAACAUGGAAUCAUCAAUCACCCAAUUCCCAGACCUAAUCUUUAAUCCCAUCCCUUCCUCCAUCGAAAACUCAUCUCUCAACUUUCAAAACCUAAUCGGAUUCCCCACCGAUCAUUUCUUCUCUCCGGGAAACAUGGAUUCCAAUUUUCCGGCGACUUUCCGGUCAGAAGAGAUAAAGAACGUACCCACCACGUUUUCUUGCCGGCCUGAUGUCCAAGAAUGCAAGAAGAGAAGGAUGUCCGAUCUUACAGAGAGCAGUUGCGGCGACUCGUCUCCUCCAGUUUCAGAAACCGGAGCUAGCCGGAAAAAUAGCUUUGGAAAAGGGAAGAGAAUGAAGAACAGUGAGAAGGAAGAAGAGAAGAAGGCAAAGGAGGUUGUGCAUGUGAGAGCUAAAAGAGGACAGGCAACUGAUAGUCAUAGUUUAGCAGAAAGGGUUAGAAGAGAAAAAAUCAAUGAUAGAUUGAGGUGCCUUCAAGACAUUGUGCCUGGAUGUUACAAAACUAUGGGCAUGGCUGUAAUGUUGGAUGAGAUCAUUAACUAUGUUCAAUCUUUGCAAAAUCAAGUUGAGUUUCUAUCGAUGAAACUCACGGCUGCGAGUACAUAUUACGAUUUCAACUCGGAGACAGAUGCAUUAGAAGAAAUGCAGAGGGCAAAGGCAAUAGAGGUACAAAAAUUACAGCAGAGAAUUGCAAGGCAAGGAGAUCAAUUAGGGCAUGAUCAAAUUCAAGGGUUACCCUCUAGCCAACAACAGGGUCUGUUUGACCUUUGUUUUGGAAGUUAUCCUACAAAUUAAUUAAUCACCACAAUCCUCCCAUAUGAUAAGGAGAAGAUGUUUCAUCUUCCAACCCUAAUUGUAAUUCAUACACCAAACAUGUCCCUACCCUACCCAACACCCAUCUUUUCCUUUUUAGCAAUUUUUAUUUUCU